AUGAAUAACCCCAAUUCUCCCACUCCACUUUCUUCCACAGUACAAACAUCCUCUUUGAUAUCCAUAUCCCCAAGGGAAGUAACACCAAAAGAACAUGAUGUUGUGAAAAUUGCAUGCGACAAAUUCUUCACAAAUGUUACAAAAUAUGAGAAAAAUUGGUCGGCUCAAUGUUUGCUAUGCGAGGAAGUAGUAUUUGAUAAUCUCGGUGUUACCUCUAAUGUUAACCGGCAUAUCAAAAACCGCCAUAAAGUUGAAUACGCUGAAUGGUCAAAGGAAUUGAACGAGUUAGAUCAACGACAGCCGAAACUAACUGAUUUUAUUUCUAAGAAGAAUCAAUCACCAUCAUCUUCUAAACAAUCGUGUCCAAAAUCGUGUCCAACUAGUCAUUGGAAGACAACAAGAAUUAGACAACGGUAUUAUUCAAGAUUUAAUAAAUGA